AUGACUGAAAUAAAUGAUAAUAAAUUAGAAGUUUCUUCAAAUCAACAACGAAUAUUAAUUACUGGUGUUUCAGGUUUAAUAGGAAGAAUUUUAUUUAAUUAUUUAACUGAAAAAUAUCCAAUAAAAUAUAAAAUCUUUGGUCUUGAUCAACAUUUGAAUAUAUCACCACGAUAUCAAUCUGUCAAUAAUGAUGAUCCUAAAAUAAAACCAAUAUUACCUAUUCCAUUAGAUAAGUUUUUUCAAUGUGAUAUAACAGAUAGAAUAAAAUUACAUGAAAUAAUAAAAGAACAAAAAAUUGAAAUAAUUAUUCAUUUAGCAGCUCUACUUGAAAAUCAUCCUGAUAUUGAAAAGAUUUCACAUGUUAAUAUUGAUGGAACAAAAAAUGUUUUUGAAGCACCUGGUGUUCGUCGUAUUAUAUAUGCAAGUUCAGUAAUGACAGUUUUUGGUUAUAUUAAUUAUGAACCAUAUCGUUCAAUUUUUAAUGGAACUUUUAAUGAUACAACUAUGUUAAAUAAUCUUAGAAAACUAACUGUAUUAGAUGAUCCACCUUUACCUGAUACUCAAACAUUAGGCAAUACUGUAUAUUCUCAAAGUAAAAUUAUUGGUGAACAAAUGGCUAUGGAAAUUGUUAAAAAUGGUUCAAAAUCUAUUAUUUGUGCUCGUUUUGGAUGGGCCAAUGUAGAUGAUCAACCAGGAGAAACUUGGCUUCGAACUGUAUGGUUUAGUCAUCGUGAUCUAUGUUCAUUUAUUGAUAAAGUAUUACAAGCUCCUGAAUAUAUUAGUGGUAUAUACUUUAUUAUGUCGAAUAAUCAUCGUCUUUGGGUCGAUUUAGAUGAUGCUAAAAAAGAUUUUGAUUUUGUACCACAAGAUGGAGCUGAAAAACUAUAA